AUGUCUUGCUUACCAGUUGUUAGCAUUUUCAUUUUUCUUUAUUUCGGUCUCGUUUUCGGUGCUGAAAAGAGCCCGACUCCUAAACCGAAGGUUGAAACCACUAAGCGUGCAUUCUUUGUGUUUGGAGACUCGUUGGUGGACAAUGGGAACAAUAACUUUUUGGCUACCUCUGCACGAGCUGACUCGCCUCCUUAUGGGAUUGAUUACCCCAGUCAUCGUCCCACAGGCCGGUUCUCAAACGGCUACAACAUCCCAGAUCUUAUUGGGCAACGUAUUGGUAUUGAUCUGUUAUUGCCUUACUUAGAUCCAACUCUAACGGGUCAAAAGCUGCUAAACGGAGCCAACUUUGCGUCUGCGGGGAUUGGGAUCCUAAAUGAUACUGGGGUCCAAUUUGUAAAUAUUAUUCGGAUGCCAUCUCAAUUGCAAGACUUUGAGAAGUACCAACGUCGUGUGACUGAUCUAAUCGGUGCAGAAAAAACCAAAAAACUCAUCAACGAUGCAUUGGUUUUGAUCACUUGCGGUGGCAACGAUUUCGUGAACAAUUACUAUUUGGUGCCCAACUCACUUAGGUCGAUCCAGUUUAAACUUCCUGAAUACGUCACCUUCCUCAUCUCCGAGUACCAAAAAAUUUUAAUGAGACUAUACGAACUAGGGGCUCGUAAAGUAAUAGUGACGGGUACUGGGCCACUAGGUUGUGUGCCUGCGAUCUUAGCGUUGCGUAGCAAGAAAGGUGAAUGCGCACCUGAUCUCCAACAAGCUGCCGAAUUGUUUAAUCCACAGCUCGUUGAUAUGGUUAAUUCACUUAACAAGAAGCUUGGCAACCAUGUAUUCGUAACCGUUGAAACAAAUUAUCUGCACAUGAAUUUCAUCAACAAUCCAAAAGCUUUCGGAUUUGAGACGGCAACAGAUGCAUGCUGUGGACAAGGACCGUAUAACGGAUUAGGACUUUGCACGGUGUUAUCGAACUUGUGCCCAAAUAGAGAAACGCACGUGUUUUGGGAUGGCUACCACCCGUCUGAGAGGGCGAAUCGACUCAUUGUCCAAGAGAUUUUCAAUGGUUCAAUGAAGUACGUGAAACCACUGAAUCUUAGCACCCUCAUGGCUCUAGACUUUAUAGAAGCUUGA